UUGAUGAAUGAAAGAAAAUUAAUAUAACUAUAUUAUUGACAGAACCAAAAAAUCUAUAUAUAUAUAUAUGAAUUUUAGUUGUCUUUUGGUUAUGGUGUUCAUCAUUAUUUUUAAUACGUGAUCCUCGUGAUGUUCUUACAUGUGGAACAUAUUAUAGUUUAAUAAUUGGUUCAUCGAAUGUUUCAACUCUUUUACUAACAGCUGCAUCUAUUGAUCGUUUUGUUAUUGUUGUUUAUCCUAGUCAUUAUUCAACAUUUGUAACACGAACCAAAGCAUUAAUUAAAAUAUUAUGUAUUAUAAUAUUUGUUUCACUUCUUAUUAUUCAAUAUCAUUUUUCAUUUUAUUUUUCUUAUUCAUAUCAUGUUUGUGAAUAUUAUUCAUAUGCUCAAUUAUGGCAUGGUAAAAUCUGGCCUCUUAUACGUGUUAGUCUUUUAGCAUUUAUACCAUGUAUAGUAAUAUGUGUAUGUUCAAUGGUUAUUUUAAGAAAUCGUUUUUAUCGUCGUCCAUCAACAACAAGUGAAACAACAGGAACAAGACAUAUGCGUACAGCUUCACUUCUACUUGUUAUCUAUUCAAUAUAUUAUACAUUAAGUGUUAUACCAAUGAAUAUUCUUCAAUUUUUUCAUUCAUAUUUUCUUAAUGAUGAUAUUAAUAUAACAGAAACAUCGAAAAUUGAUUGUGUUAAAUUUGCUCAAUGGAAAAUGUUAAUGAAAUUUUGUUUACUUUUAAUGGCAAUAAAUUAUUCAAAUAAAUUUAUUGUUCAUUAUCUUAUAUCAAUGCAAUUUCGUCGAGAUGUUUGGAAUUUAUUAUCAAAAUGUACAUGUACUUCAGAAAGAAUUGUAAAUAUUCUAAAUAAAAAUUUUUGGAAAAAGAAUUUAUCUUUGUUACCAAUUAAAAGAACUAUUUUUCCAAUACCAUUGCUUACGUCAAAUGAUGAUCCUAAUUUUCAACAAUGUCCAGUAGAAAGUGGAGCAUAUCCACAUACAACUAAUUGUUCACUUUUUCAUAUGUGUACAUUCGGUAUUCUAACAACUUAUUCUUGUAUUGAUCAAUUCUUUUUCAAUCCAACUACUGGUAAAUGUCAAUAUUUGUCAACUGAAAAAGAUAUGACAUGUACUCAAAUUAUUAAGAAAAUGACGGAUACUGAUCUAUUUUCAUCUGCAGAAUCAGUUAAAGGUUAUGAUUAUUAUCAUCGUCGAAAAUCUGAAAAAUCAGAAUGUACUCAAAAUGGAAUCUAUCCAGAUGUACUUGAUUGUGCAUUGUUUCAUUAUUGUCAUCAAAAUAAACAACAUGAAAUAUUCAAAUGUCCCGAUGGACUUCAUUUUGAUCCAAAAAUAUUUAUGUGUUCAGCUCCUCAAUUAGUCAACUGUCAAUAUGAACCACCACUAGAAGUAGAAAUAACCGAAGAUACAAUUGAUAGUACUUCAACACUUACAUCAAAUACAAUCUGUAAUGAUUAUGCUCCUGGUACACAUCUACCUAUAGCAAAUAGAUUUGAUGCAUUUAUAAUAUGUGAAAAUGAUGGUAAAAGUACCCUUAUACAAUGUAAACCAGGUCUACGAUACAAUGCAUUAACAACUAAUUGUGAAAUAAAACAAUGUGAAGUCAAUUCAGCUUUAUGUAAGAAUAAUGGUCAUUGCAUCGAUGAACCAACUGAUAUAAAAGGUUUUCAAUGUAUAUGUUCAGAUGAAUAUCGAGGAGAAUAUUGUGAUACACCCGUUGAAAUUAUAGAAACAAUUACAAAGACAAUGGAUACAACAACACUAGAUCAACCUCAACUUACUAAUCCUCCUCCAGAACUGGUAACAUCAACUAUUCCGGCAAUGACAAAUGAUGACUUCGUACCAAAAUCAAUAUCUUUUAAUGAUCUACAUAAUAACGAGAAAAAUAAUGUUAUUGAAGAUUUAUCAACUAUUAAUUCACCAUUUACACGCAUAUUUCAUCGUUUAAAUAAUAAAGUUGAUCAUCAACAACAACUUACUGAAAUUAUACAAAUCGUAUUUAUUACUGUUAUGACUUUAAUUGGUCUUAUUCUUUUAGGUUCAAUAAUCUUUGGUAUAACUGUUUGUAUUCGUAUGAUAAUUUCUCGAAAUGUAGACAAUGUCGGUACUUGGAAAAUAUUAACAGAAGAAUCAAAAGUUUAA